CAUCAUCCAUCCAUCGAGUCGUCCAGUUCAGCUACACACUCGGUUGUGUAUGGACGGGUGUAUAUUCGAUGUUAUUCGUGUGAACGGAACAUGAACGGCGAUGGCUCUCCCGGAAUCAUCUCUAUUCUCGGCGUAGAGGACCUAGAGUGUAAACCAGUUUUGCUUGUUUUAUUUGGAAAGUAGCCAUCAUCAUCGGGAGGAGCAUCAUCAACAUCAAGAGCGGCAGCACCAGAUCAGCGACAUGAAACUUAGUCCUACAUAUACACGACGAGCAAUUCUCAAUCGUUAACGAAAGGUUCACCGUUCAAAUAAAGUCAGCUCUAAUUUUGCCGUUUUUGUCUAACUACUUUACAGAGUGCCCUUCUCCUCAUUCGGGGAUCCAACCCAAGAACGAACAGUGCCCUGUAGUGUUACUCGAGUUGGGGAAUGGGAUGAGCAGCAAAAAAAAAAAUCUGGAAUCCGUCCGGGUGCUGCUAUACUGAUUCUGAAUCAUAAUGACGGUCUGGUCCGAUGUGAAAGCUGGUAGUGGAAAUCGUAUUCUUAGUGAUGGCCUGUAAAUAAUAUGUGUGUAUACUGAGCCGAGUAGGGAAGCAAGAGGUGUUAUGAAAUUGUGUAUACAAUAAGCAAAACCCCCUUAGGAGGAGCACCAGUUUCGAAAGUAAUGCGAGAACAAGUGCAAGAACAUGGGCUAUCAAGUGCAAACGUGCUACGACUAGCAGGAUUGAACAGGUCUUGCUGCUGCUGCUUUAGGUAAAACACAUCGGAAGGAGCUUAGUCGGAGCGCUUAGCGCAAAUAUAAACUUGACGUAUUUUGUCGCAUUGAGGAGCUCUAAACCCCACUGGAGUCUGGCUGCUGGAGUUUCGAGGAGCUAUUUUAAACAGUGAAUAAAUCGUACCACCCCGGGGGUUGCUCUCUUAUCGCCGAAAGGAUUUUACCGGCUUCGAAAAGUGUUUGUGUUUUUUUUUGCUGCCUGUAAAGCUGUUUACACUGAAAAGAUGUGCAAUCAUCAGCUUCGACGCCCGAGUGCAAUCGGAUUGAGCACCCGAAGAGUAAAAUUUAUAAUAAUGUGCAUGGGGAAAUAAAUUGUGUGCUUUUUGUUUCGAUGAAAUGAGUGAAAUUGUUUUUUGUUAGUUCUAAUCGUCGCGAAUCAUGUGGUGGUUGAAGAAAGUUUUCUGAGUAGCCCACACGGAAAAAAGGAAAAAAACAAACUACCAAUCUUAUCAGUAGUGUCCAAAAUAAUAUGCACGUAUCAACACACCCAACCAAUAGCAGCAUCAGUAUCAUCACCGGUGGGCAGCUUCAACAACUACAAUCAAACCAAUCCAGUGUUGCGAGUGGUUCGCCGAUUGUUGUGAUCCCGGUAACGAAUGCGUCCAAUAGCUCGGCCGGACUGCAGCCAAUUACUAACGUGGUGACGACCUCUAGUAGUAGUGGCAGUAGGGAAAGGACUGUGGUGGGUGGCCAACAUCAACAGCACAAACGGCACCGAAGGUCAACGAAGAACGGUUUGGAAAAUGGUGACCAAUGUCAGUGGAUCAAUACUAACAGUAACUCACAGUCGAAGCAACAACAACAACAACGGCAGCAUCAAGGUGCAAUUCUAAGCACAGAAUGUGAUACGGAAGCUGAGAUUCCAGCCUCUGUGAUAAGCAGCGUGGGCACGGUUAACUAUCAGCAGUCGACUUCGAGUUCGGUCCGGCAGCUGUACGUUGUGGCACCGAUCAUCGACAGUGGCAACGGUCAACAUGCUGUUGGUGGAACCAACAUCGCCGGCGACAACGCGAGCCACCUAAAGGGCACGUUGACCUGGAUCAACAGUAAUAGUGCCAAUAGAACUGCGUAUAGCAACAACGGUCAGCAGCAACUGACCCAGCAACGGAGCAACAGUAUGAUAUCGCAGACCGCCGGCACCUGUAGCAGCUCCUCGACAGCGCCAGUUCAAAGUUUUGUAGAAUCCUCGGUGGUCAACAACAACAACAACAACAACAACAAUGGUACCAGUAGUACAAAUCAACCCCGCCAGCACCCAAAGAAGCGGAAGUUCGACCUGGCCGAACUGGAGGAGAUGGAAUCGCAUCGGGGCAGUGCGGGGUCCGGUGGCCAACCGGCCCCCAUGGACACCGGAGGUGGACCGCCAACACCUCUGACAAACGGGAGUAGCACUAACAGUAAUGGUAGCAAUGUAAAUAUUAGCUUUAGUAACCGCAAUAGCGACUACUCCGGCACAUUCAACGAGACUGUGCAGUCGAUGGGUCACGGAGGUGGAGGAGCAGAUACCUCAAAUAGUAGACCUCCAUCGGUGUCCGCGCCAUCACCCUCGGUAGGGAGUGCAAUAGUAACGAUGACCUCGAUGGCUUCACAGUCAUUUCUCGAGACCACCUCCAUCAACUGCAACAGUCCCAGCAGCAAUAAUGGCACCAUGAGUGGUGAAAUGAGGAUGCUUCAGUCACAGAAUUACAUCCAAACUGGUGGAGGACAACUCCACAGUCGGCAGAUCUUCCAAUCUACCGAUGCCGAUCGAUCUCAGCAGCAAACGGUUAGAGUACAACAACAACAACAAUCCUCUGAAGGCUACUGCAACGACAGCAAAAAAGUCUACAACAACGUAUCGUACGGAUCUCCCGGGAACCAUUACAAACCGGCCUCCACGCCACCUACUUCCAUGGUUCAAACGGUACAGUUGACGCAGCACCACCAGCAACAGCUCAACAACUCGCCGUCGCAAUCGCACCGCAUCUCGCAGCACAGCAGCAGCAACAGUACGACGCCGCCGGAAUCGGCCACGCAACACAUCAGCCAUACCCCGCCGGUCAAUGUGGCCAUGACCACCACCUCUACCUCGUCGUCGGUUCCGUCGACGCCGACUACCCCGAUGUCUGCGUCGGUUGCCGCUCCCUCGAGUCUGAUAGAUCUAAGCGACUGGUCCAACAACUAUCGGGUGCUGGCCAAGCGGAAAGAUUUGUACGAGUCGGGCGUCAUCCGGACGGUUCCCGGUCCGAGUACGGUGAUGGUUCAGUUCGAUUAUCCGGAAGGGAGUGAGCAGGUUUACAGUGAUGUUUUUGGCGCUGGUCGCUACGAUAUCAUCGACGAUGCGUGCCCCUCGGUAUCAGACGUCUUACCCGGGUGUAGAGUGUGCGUACGAGCCCAAACCGUUCCCCCACAUCCAACCGGGAAUAUCUUUAUAGAGGCUGUAGUGAAAGAGAUGCAAAACAAUGCCAAACAAUUUUCUGUACAACUUGUUGGACCUGCUAGUGGUGGCUCUCAAGAGAUUAAACUGGUCAAGCGAGUUGACAUUCGUUUGUUGAAGCCUCCUUGGUGGGACGAGUUGGAAGAAAUGGUGGAAGCCGUUGAAGGAGUUCGAAAUCGUGGAAAUCCACAGCAUGUUGUUGGGAAGCCCAUUGGAUAUUCCAAUGCUGAAGGUACCCAGGCGCCAUCGUCUGUACCGACUAAUGCCAUCAUGUAUGGUAACAUCGUUCCAGGUGGAACGGUCCAGUACAAACCCACCAUUAGUAUAACUCAAGGGCGUGGAGUCGGGGCAGUCGGCGGAUCACGGUACGAUUUAUCACAAAACCAGCAACAGCAGCCUCACGUGCCAUUACAAGUAUACCAUGUACUUCCGACGAUUCCGACAAAUGAGGAGCAUUAUCGAACUGCGGCCACCUCCCCUUUCCAGACAACCGUAACCGUUGGGCCAGAUGGAACUCAGAUGCAACAGCAGCAACAACAACAGCAGCACCAGCAGCAGCUGGUAAGUAAUCACUACCAAACGACUCAUCAUCCGCCUCUUGGAAGUGGCCAGGAAAUGCCCGGCGGUAGCGGUUCCAACUCAGUAUUAGCAUCUGGCAGCAGUCCAGACGAUAUGCGUGGAACAAAUCGUACGUACUAUGACUACGAGAGCGACGAUGAACUGCGCCGGGAGGAUAUCAGCUUUCCAAUGGAUGGAGAAAACGAAAAAUACUCAGGCAGUAGCAAACGCAGCAGCAUGCAAAGCCGCGGAAGCACAUCCAGUUUGAUGGACCAACGGAGUACUCCGCGAUCUCAACCAGCAACCCCUAGAUCUCAAGCGGCCACGCCGCACCGUUUCAAGAAGGGGGACGUCGUAUCGACCCCCAGCGGUAUCCGGAAAAAGUUCAACGGCAAACAGUGGCGGCGGCUCUGCUCCAACGAGAGCUGCUCCAAAGAAUCUCAACGGCGUGGUUAUUGCUCCCGGCAUCUGAGCCAGAAAGGUAACGCACUCCGAUCGUCGGCCAGUUCCGCAGCAAACCAUUUCAACAGCAGUCGGUCCAGCAGCAAGACGCAACUAGACGAGGACACCUCACGGGACUCGGAAACGUCGCCCAACUACCGGGUGACCGGCCGGUUCGAUCAAGAUGAAACUGAAGUGGCCAAUAUGUUGGUGUCAUUGAGCAGUUCGCGCUCGGCCACACCAUGCAACUCCUUCUCAUCGCCGACCGGCCAGGCCUCGUCGCCGCUGGUCAGCAACACCCAGUCACCGGUAACGAUAGGCAACCGGCAGAAUCUGUUCCAGCCCAUCGGCAGUCCGGCGCCGUCCUCCUCCGAUCAUCAUGGCAAGUUUAAAACCAACACGCCCAGUCCCAUCAUGUACGGUAGUGGUGGCCCCGGAGGUCCCAAUGGAGGCGGACGGGACGUGAUGAACCCGGUUGGACCUACCAGACUCGACAGUGGCCAACAUCAGCCGCUCCUUAUUCGACCGGAACUGUUAAGGCCAAAUCAACCACAACAACAACAACAACAACAGCAAACGAUGGUUUCACUUCCACCAACCGGUCACGCCACCAGUGUGAUACGGAUAUCACCGGCAUCAUCAACGGCCACAAGCCAACACGUUCCCGGACUGUACUCGACCUUUCCCGGAAGUCAGCAGCAAGUCAUAGUCGAUCCUGGCCAUGUAGUUCUUCAACAGCAGCACAUGCAAUCGCCUCGCUUGCAGCCAGUAACAGCAGGUCAAAUAAAUCAAUCCCCACAAACAAUUCAAAUACAGCAAACUAUUGUCCAGCAACAUCAGACGGUCCCACAACAACAACAGCAGCAGCAACAGCAACAUCAACCAGUGACCGUGCCAAAAAACGGCAUUAGCACGGGUUCCAUAUUUCAAUGGCAUACAUUACUUCCGAUAAUCCAAGCUCCGGCCUCGAAAACGUUCGUCCACCACCAUCAGCAGCAGUCACAGAUGACCACAAUUAUUGCCUCACCGACGGUUAAGAUCUGUACCCCGCCGCCGUCGGAACCGGCAGUGGACGAUGACUGCGACGACGACCAGGGAGAUGAUGAUGUUUUUGAAGCAGAGCCCGUGAAAACAACAAACUAUAGCAAUGGCACCAACAUUAACAACAAUAGUAACAACAGCAACAAUCAAAUUAUGACCGCUAGGGACAACUUCUCGGGCGCCGCUGGUGGCGGUAACCAGCUGCUCCUGCGGGGCAUGGAUAUUGAGGCCGGAGUAGUGGGUACGGGUGUGUUUCCGAAUCAAAACUUGGGAGGUCCUGGCAGCGCUGCCGCCGCAGCCAAGGCCGAAUCUGAUUCGCUAGUCAAACGGCGCACGCAGUCUUGCAGUGCCGCAUUGCAAGCGGCCAACAGUGCUGGAGGAGGUGGCGUUGGAGCAACUGGCCAAACACCGAAGGAACCCCAAAGCCCGAUGAGCAAGAAGGACGCCAAAAUCAGGCGUCCCAUGAAUGCGUUCAUGAUAUUUUCCAAACGACAUCGGGCAUUGGUACAUCAGAAACAUCCGAACCAGGAUAACAGAACUGUGAGCAAGAUUUUGGGAGAAUGGUGGUACGCGUUGAAGCAAGAAGAGAAAAAGAAAUACCACGAGCUGGCCAGUGAGGUGAAGGAAGCUCACUUCAAGGCUCAUCCAGAGUGGAAGUGGUGCUCUAAAGAUCGCAGGAAGUCUUCCUCGUCCACAAAAGACGGUCGUGGCCGUAUGGAUUCCUUCGAUGGUAAUGAUUCGUUUGACGAGAAAAGUCCGACAACUCCAUCGGAGCAUGGACCGAAUGCCUCGUCCCAGUUGAACGAUAUCAUCCCAACCACGAUCGCUCCGUACAACAGUAGCAGUCACAGUGACGAUCCCAAUGAUAGUAGUCGUAGUAUACAGGGAGGUGGCAACAAUGCUGCCGACAUCAGUAGCAGUGGCCCGGAAAAGAUGGACCACGAAGACGGAACGAUGUCCGAUGACGAUCAGCAGAUGGUGAUCGCCGAAGAAUCCGCCACCAUGCAGCCCGUUGCCGGAACGAUUGAAAUCGACCUCAAGUGUGCCGAGAAGGUACCCGGAGAUUCCGAUGUCGAUGAAGGUAACGGGCCCAGGGACUCGGGCGAAGCGGAUGGCUACAGACCGAAAAUUAAGGUUUCUGAUUCUUUGGUUUCAUUGGGAGGUGGGUCGUCGCAGACCAGCUGUAACAGUAACAAUGAUGACAACCAACCGACGGAUUAUAGCCGGACGGCGACAGCACCGAUCGCAACCAGUCACCGGAUGUCUUCGUCGACAACGCCUACGACCCCAUCGGAUCCGUUGACGUGCAAACCGAAACCGAUCAAGGUGGCUUUGCUGCCACCACCGGCUACGGCUGUACAUGGUCCCUCGGGGACGGCAGGUGGCGGUUCUUCAGUGGUGGGUGGCGGCGGUGUCACCAACAGUGGUAGUGGUGGAAGUCAUAGUGGCGAUUCUUCGUCGUCAACGGCAGCGGCCAGCCCUCUGGUCCAUCACGGCUAUCAUCAUCAACCGUUGAGCUACUCCUACGGUAGCCCCAAGAAUCCGAUCGGUGUGUCGCCGUUUCAACCUACUGGUGGAGCAUUCAAAACGAUGCCUCAAAGCCCGAAAACGAUUGGCAAGCAGCAACAGGUUCUGACUCCAACCGCAAUAAAAUCGGAGCCAAUGGAUAAUUUGUGCAAUAACAACACUAGUACGACUGCUGGCAGCAAGGUUUCCCAGAAUGGAAACAUAUUCAACUUUUCGACCGCCUCGAUCAAGGAAAAUCAGCAGCAGCUGCAGCAGCAUCAUCAUCAGUUUGUCUCUACAGACAAUAAAUGUAAAUCCAUAAUUCUUAACCCAAUCUGUUAUACGAUUUCGAAUGUCAAUGGUAAUGGUACUAACAACAACAACAACAGCGCCACCAGUAGUUCCAACGGCGGCAAUCUCAAUGCUGGGGAAAAUGCUCCUCCUAGCGCUACUAACACUAGCAAUAGCACUAUCUUGAUGAGCAUGAAACCAGGUAAAAUACUAAUGGAUGUUGUAACCACAGCCACCACCACUACUACUAAUCGUUCCGAUUAUAAUGAUAAUAAAAACGAUAUCGUUCACCAUUCUCCAAUCUCUACAACUCAUCUAGAUGUUAACCAUCAUUCAACUCAUGAGCUUCCAUCAUCCAAAACACUGUGCAUCCAAACCAGUAAUAAUAACAAUAAUAAUAAUAAGAAUAGUAAUGCUAUGAUUACUACAUGUGCUACUACUUCUUCUACUACUACUACCACUGCUAAUUCUUCUGCUAGUACUACUGUUACUACUAAUAAUACUACCACUACCAAUGUUGUUCAUGUUGUAAAUAAUAACAAUACUACCAGCAAUGCCAUUGUUCAUCAUGCAAACACCACAACCGCCACAAAUACCACCACCACCACAGUCAAUAAUAAGCCAUUGAAUGUUGUGAAUGUUGUAACUGUAAAAUCCGCUGUUGCCUCCUCACAUCCACCGGUGGCCACGGCGCUGGCUGCCGUGAAUGGCUCGAACAAUGCGAGCACAGGUGGUAGUAUGGUGAUCUUCAGCCCCACGAAUAGUGCAAUACUGCGAACAUCUCAGUCGCAAACCGCCACCGGCACACUUCAAGCGAAGCCGCCGAAAUCCCUAAUCGGGAAGAUUAAACUCGAUCAAGAUAGCAACGGUGGCUCCCCAACGGUUCUCUACGAAACAAUACUGAUCGAACGGCGAGAUUCGGCAACGGUGGUAAAUCCAACUCGUCAAACCGCCCUGAUUGCUACUACUAAUCCCGCUAAGCAAAGCCACACAUCUGGUGGUGGCACUGGAAUACUUGUCCUUACACCGGCUGCUCUCAACGAACUCCUUCAGUCCGAUUCCACAGCUAGAGAUCAACCGGCGACCAAGAAGCUUCUGCUGACCACCACCACUGGUCAUCACGUCGUCAACAACGGAACCACCAAUCCCCCAAUCAAUAAUCAUUGUACCAACUUUCUAACCACAGCUAAUUCUAGUGCUACCACUAAUUCUAAUAAUCCCACUAACACCAUCACAACCAAUAAUAACAGCAACCAGCAACAACAACAACAACCGAACCAUAUCAAGCAAUCAAUUAUAAUGAUCAAUCCAACAAAUUCAACAGUUGUGCCAUCGCCAUCGGCAACAGUUGGUCUGAUGCCCAAUCCGCAUCAACUGCACCAUGCCCAGCUCCAGCAUCACCAUCAUCACCAUCACCAACAGCAGCAGCAACAUCAGUUGCAUUUCUCGUCGACGGCUAACAGUGGGGGACCAGGCACACCGACGAUCACGACUUCGGGUGGUACCAUCACCGAAAAUGGUUCCAGUUCAACCGUGACAACGCCAGCUGCCAUUCUAACCCCUAAUCAACUACUGGCUGCUGCCGCGGGACGGCAAAAGUUCAUGUUCGCGGUAAACACCAACAAUUCACAGUUUGCAUUCGUCUUACCAGACAGCCAACCGUACGCCCUUAGCGAUCGUACCAAACUGUACACAAACGUUUCCUCUAGCGCCUCUUCUAUUGCUUCCUCCGCCACAACCAUUCCCUCCUCCUCUUCCGCUCCUUCCUCAUCUCAUGACGGCGGUUCAUCGACAACGGUUUGCGCACUAACCCCAUCGUCAUCGUCAUCCUCCUCCUCCAUUGCCCUCGUCCCUUCCUCUACGGUGUCGUCGUCGUCGUUAGUGCACCACCUGAAACCACCCCACCAUCAAGUCAUAUCAUCCAUCUCGGGAACCGUCACGACCCCGACCGUUACCCCAGUACAAUAUUUAAUCCAGCAAGGCAAAAUACCGAACCUUCUCAUCUCUACCACUGCACCACAACCACCACCACAGGGCUAUCAAUUGCAGCAGGCCCAACAGCAACAACAACCGCAACAGUCUCCGAUGUUGAGCAUCAAGCAGGAACCGCCAGAAUCUCCGGGAGGCAGACACUUCCCGGCCACUCCCACCUCUUCUACCUUGCCGCCCCAGUCAGCAGGGGUCACUGAACUGAUCACCGAUCCUCAGCUGGCCAUCCCAGCCUCUGGUAAUGCCGCCUCCGCUGACGACGAUGACCUUGACGCACCGGAAAGCAAAAAAUUCAUCCUGGCACCAACUCCGGCGCAGCUAGGACGAGCUCCGUUGCAGCGACGGCAAAUGAGCAGCAGCUCCUCGUCGGGACAGGACGGCCGCCAGCAGUCUUCGUCGAUGAUGUCGAUGGGCGGCGGCGGCAGCGACGACGAAAACAGCAACAGCGCUGCAACCCAACAAAUGCCAUCCGCCCUUCCCACGCCAACCUCGGCCUCGAUCGACGAAUUCCAGAGCCCCCAGAUUUCGCCCACCACCAAGACGAAGAACUUCUUCAAGAAGGUCAAACCCGAUGAUAUGGAUAACGUAUUGCGGCAGGUGGAUUUCGAGAAGAAAUUCAAAACGUUGCCCCAGUUCAAACCCGAGGACUGUCAGUCUCCCAGUGCAAUCUCAGUGCCAUCGUCGCCGCGUGUUUUCACACAAAGCUACCGAAAGAAACAAUCGCAACAGCAGCAGCAGCAACAACAACAGCAGCAGCAGCAACAACAGCAGCUGCUCCAACAGCAACAGGAACAACAUCUGCUGCAGCAUCGCCAAGAGCAGCAGCGACAACUUCAACAACAUCAACAGCAACUACAGCAGCUUAAAACCCCCGCCAUGGAAGAUGAGGAGCUAAUGCCACAACCGGCUCAGCCUCAACCAACACCUCAACCGCUCACUUCGGACACCAGUGGACCACUGUCCUCAACUGCCACACCAUCGAGCGCGUACACCAUUGGGAACCGUUUCUUUGGACCGGACUUCAACAUGGAACAUUACAAAGGUUUCUUCUCUGUUGUAGACAUGGCCGCGGACAGCGCUGAUCGGUCGCCUCGAACGCCCAAAACUCCUUCAGCAAGGUCGGCCAACUCGGCAGAGGAAAAGGGUCACCGCAAGAUUCUGGAGCAAAGGCGUAACCUUGUUAUGCAACUUUUCCAAGAACACGGCAUCUUUCCUUCGUCCCAGGCUACCAAUAAUUUUCAGUUGGCGCACAGUGACAUCUUUCCGAACAAGCAAAGCCUGCAGCUGAAGAUACGAGAGGUUCGGCAGAAGUUUAUGGCCCAGCCCGCAUUUACACCUCACUCGGCCGGACCGAUGACGCCCACGGAGCUCGGUGCUGGAACUCCCUCAUCGGAUCAGCAAGCGCCACAAUCGAUUGCCAACCAUCAACUACACCACCAUCAUCAACGAGAACAGCAGCAGCAGCAACAACAACAACAACAACAACAGUCGCAACCUCCACCAGCAGCAGCACAACAUUCACAGCAACAGCAAGAAUAACAACCGAACCACAACUAUCGAAUAUUGAUAACAAUUUGUAGAAGGUAGGUUACUCGAGCGAGAGUUAAUUUUCGAUUCUAACUACCUAACCCUCCCCCCCCCCAAGUGAAGCAAAUACAUAGAAGAAAAACAAUAGAUUAAAUCAUUUUGCAUAUCGCGCAGCAGUCUGCAAAAUCAUGAGCACACAUACAACACACAUACACACUAGGUAAUAGAUUAAAAAAAUCACACUUCACAUGCUUAAGCAUCAAACGAUAAUAGAUAAAGGAAAAAAAACAAACAGGUAAACCGAUAUGAUUAUUGUCCCCAGCCCACAAAUAAAACAAUAGAAAGGAAUACAUACUUAAGUAAAUUUCGCAUGCGUUUAGCUGCUACGAGAGAGAGAAAAAAACAGAUUGGAGGAAAGUAGGAAAAUUGUCGCUUUGUCGAAGUUGUUAACUUAACAACUUAAACAUUCUGCAACAAAUGUUUCUGUCUCUGUGUGUGGGAGGAUGUGUAAAAAACAAUAGUCAAUCAUUCAUUCUGCUAAUAUGAGUUACGUAAGCAUAGUCAAAUUGGACCUCCCACGCGUGGGCGCAAUCUUUUGUCUUUGAGAUGGAGGGUAUGAAAGGAGAUUAAAUUUCAAUAAAAAAUAAGCCAAGUUAUCCAGCGUGAAAAAAUGAUGGAAAACAAGUUAAAGUAUACAUAAAUGUCCCUAUACUAUUAGAGCGGAUUUGUUGCUUCCGGAGAAAAAUGUGUUUCAAUUCUCCCCGAAACAUACCUGAACACACGUCACGUCUCAACUUGAGAUCGUUUUGUUGCACCAAGCUUUUUUGGCUGAAUAAGAUGCUUAUUCAGCUGUUUUGCCAGCUUGCCGAAUCAAUCGGGCUAGGUGCAUGGCAGCACGUGUAACUUACUUUGUCUCUCUUUCUCUUUCUGUUUAACAUUUAAGGGGACCAUUCGCUUGAAUAGUUUGAAAACCAAGUUAAAGUUCUUGAUUGAUUCAAGAGAUUUUAGAACUUUGGGUUUUUAGUAGAGAUGAAUAAGGCUUUUUUUUUUUGAGGAUAAUAAGCGAAAAUCUGAACAAAAAACCUUGUUUUUUCAUUGGUUAUUGGUUGGAUUUUGUGAUUCAGUGAACUAUCAGUUAACUUCGUUAAAUUUUUGUUUUUUUUUGUUCUAAGCGAAUGUACCCAACUUAUCGCCGACAAGUGAAAAUAUCCAUCCAAAUUUGAGUUUUCUAUCGAAGGGACCUGGCACAACUCCAGUUCUUCUGUCAAAAAAUAUACCAUAAUGGUAAGACACAAAAAAAAAGUUUGAUAUAAUCUAAGACGAAAGUAAAUAAACAAAAAACCAUGCUAAUAAAAUAGAAAUCCCUUGAAUUGAGAAAAUAGUAAAAGUUAAACAAAACAUCUAAUAUGUACGCUAGCGAAGAAAGAUGAAAUCAGUAAGCAGAUAAAUAAAUACGAAAAAACGUAAUGUGAAAUUUGUUCGGAGAACCACUCCCUCCAGUCGUGUGACGUGACUCACAUUCACGCGACAGGGAUGGCAUACAAGUGAUCUUAGUCGAUAAGUUUCAUUAAAAAUAUGUAAAUGAAUCAUAAGAAGAACCUUCUCAUCCACAUAAGAUGGGUGGGGAGCACCACGAACUCGGUGGAAUCUUGCAAUAAUCACCGGAAAAAAUGAUUGAUUAUAAUUGUAAAACAAACAUGUAAAUAGUUAUUGCAAAGUUAAUUAAUGAAUACAAAACUUAUCUUUGAGACAGAGAUGUAGAGUUAGCAAAAUAUGAAGUGAAACAAAAUUGUAGUAGAAAGUACAAGAAUUUAUUAACAAAUUUUAUUGUGAGUUGUAAAAGUAGUGGCAAAAAAUAAAAGAAGAAAACCAAACCUUAGAAAGCAAACCUAUAGAAAUCGACAAACACACCCACAAACACGCUCUAUCGAAAGAACAAAUCAUAAACGUAUCAUUACACCACGACAUUAAUUGAUAAAAAAAAGUAUAAUGAGAAAAAACUAGCAAGAAUGAUCACCCAAUUUUCUAACAUUUCCCAGAAGAAGAAAAAACCGAACUUCUGUUUUGUUGUAGUGCGUCGUACCUAUCUGCUAGUGUUCUUGAAAAAAACGACCCGGACUUUUGUGCAACUCCUUUUUUGAGAAACAAGAACGCUUCUUUUUUUACCACAAUUUUGGGGUAUGUCCCGCGGCAAAGGUUUCAGAUGAUUGAUUCUCUUGAAAGGAUGAUAAUUUAACAGCAAAUUUCACUAGUUUUGUUUGUAAAUCUUAAGAAAAUUUCUUACAAAACAGAGACCAAGAACAAUUGAUAUAAAUGUGUCCCAAACAAGCAUGGUAUCGAAAUAUGUUAUUCAAAUGUGGUCGACACUCUCCAUCUGUUUUGUUUGAAAUUCAUACCUCUUUUAUCUUUUAACUGUGCUUUCACAAUUUCACACCACCAAAAUCAAGCUUUGAACGUCCACCAACGCAAACAAAAAUCAUUAUUGGUAUCUAGCUAAUCGAACAAAGAAUAGUUCACAAGUAGAAAAUGUAAGCGCAAAUUUUGGUUCAGUGCUUGUCUAGCUAGCUAAGCAUGACACUCGAAAUUGUUGUGACAGUUUGAAUUUAAAUAAAACUUGAAGAUGAAAAAACAACGUACCGAAUACCAAAACGAAUUGUGCCGGAUGAUGAUGUUGCUCUUUGAAAAUGUUUUGGUAUCCGGAAUCCUCGAAUGGAGAUGAAACCACCUAAAAUGGAACAAGUUUGUUAGCAAUGGGUCAAUGAAGUCCACAAAUUUAGUUUUUGCUGGGUUCGAAUUAAUAUCAAAACAUGUUGGUACAACAGCUUAGCUGAAAUUUGAAAACAGAAUACCAACCACCAACGGAAGGAACGCAUAAAGCUCCUAAGGAGCCUAUGACGAUCGAAGACCGACUCAUCCUGUUGAAACAAGAACUGUACAGGUGUGGUACCGCACGAUCUCCAGUCCAGAUCGAUUUGAUUAAUUGAAUGCCAGAUAGGCUAAAAAUAAACAGAAGAACGGGAAAAGUUAGUAACACUUUUAUGAGAAAAAAAUGUUUAGAGCGCAUACUAUUGUAUAGAAGCGGAAAACAACAGCCAGCAAGCAAAAAUGAAGAAUUUAAAAAUCGAUGUGAAUACACUACUGGAGAGCAAGUAUAAAGUUACAUACACAAGAUGAAGAGAAAAAAAAAUGAAACAAAAUAAAUUCAAAGUUCAAAACUGUA